AACACGGUUAUUAUUAGAUGACCAUGUAAAUUAAUUAUUGAGCUCUACAACCAUUCCAAUCUUUUGGCAACACAAAUUGCGUAAUCCCUAUAGUCAAAUCCAUCACUAUAUAAUCCCUUUAAGAAGUUCUCUAUUUCUCAUUCCAAGUCUUUUAAGAUUCCAUACUUAGAUAAAGAAACCCUAAUUAACACAAAGAUGACUUGCUCUAAGGUUUUCCUAUGUUUGUUUCUUGGUGCACUAGUUUACACUACUAGUGCUAGGAAGCUAGCUAACUCUCAUUCUUAUGAUGAUGAGAAGUUUUUUUUCGGGCACCAAAGUGGAGGCAUAGGAUUCGGUGGUGGAGGUGGAGGUGGUGCCUGUCUUAGGGGUGGUUUUGGAUAUGGUGGUGGUGCUGGUAUUGGUGUUGGUGGAGCUGGUGGUGGACUUGGGGGUGGAUUCGGCGGAGGGGGUGGUGUUGGUGGCGGUGCUGGGUUUGGAGCUGGAGGGGGAGCUGGAGCUGGUGGUGGAUUAGGUGGAGGAGCAGGAGGUGGUGGAGGGUUUGGAGGUGAUGGAGGCAAUGGCCUCGGUAGUGGGCUUGGUGGUGGUGCGGGAGCUGGAUUUGGUGGAGGUGCUGGUGGAGGACUUGGACAUAAAUAUCCUUGAACACACUUCACCAAUUAAAUCACAAGCCAAGUAAUACUAAGUAGGUUUUGUACUAGUAGUUUACUUUUUAAUUAUGUAUGUCAUGCAUGGUUUCGUACGUAAGAGCAAAUAGCAUGUAAUGUAACAGUCAACUGGUGCUUAAAGUGUUCCUAAUUGCUGGUGGGUUGCUUUAGCUUUACUUGUAGUGAUACACUUGAAAAGUGUUUAAUAAUAAAUUUCAUACCAUUUAGAAGUGAAA